AAUCAAGCAUCUUGGGCAGUCUACACACACUCAGUUAUCGUUGGUUGCACAUCCUGUAACGAUAUCUGACAGCAUCGUCACUCGCCAUACUUGUCAAAACAACCUUAUCCCAGCUCAUCUUCAACAUGGCUCAGCGCCAGGGCACUCAUGUGCCUGCUGUGCGUGCUGCUUCAGAGAAGAAUCUGGGCAUCACGCAACGCUCAGCUUCCAUUAACUUUUCCUGGACCGGCGACAUCAGGAAGCGCUAUACCGACUUCCUUGUCUAUGAAAUCCGCAAGGAUGGCACAACGGUUCAUCUCCGCGAGUAUGAAGAGCAGGAACCAUUGGUCCCGAAGGCUGCACCUGCCCAGCCUACACCAGAAACUGUCGCUUCUACCACCGAGCCCGAGAUCAAGCCCAUCUCCGAUGAAGACAGGCAACUGCUGGUAAACUUGAUCAAUGAGUCAGCUACUGAGAGGCUGAUUCAGCUCGAUGAAGCUGUCCAGGCAAAGAAGAAGAUCUCCGCCGGAGAGCGGACCGUGGUGUUUGACCCCAUCACCGAUCGCGCUCAACGCGCUAGCCUCCAUCAACAGAUUCGCCGCAUCUUCGACAAUCGCAUCGAGACACUCGCCAACAACACUGGCGUCAUCACCGCUACCCCUUCAAAGUUCUCAAAGAACAACCGUGUCGGCGGAAAUGGCCCCCGCGCCAACAACAGCCGCUCACGGGACCAGAGCAAGAGUUUCACUCAGCUGGGCGGAGAGUAUCUCCAUUUCACCAUGUAUAAGGAGAACAAGGAUACCAUGGAUGCGGUCAACACCAUCGCGCGUCUUCUCAAGGUCAAGGCAACCAACUUCGGGUUCGCCGGAACCAAGGAUCGUCGUGCUGGCACCGUCCAGCGUAUCAGCGUCUACCGCCAGCGCGCAUCUAACCUAAUUUGGCUGAACACUCGCCUUCCCAACAUCAAGGUUGGAGACUUUGUUCAUGCUAAUGAGCCUCUCCAGCUGGGCCAACACGGUGGUAACGAGUUCGUCAUCACCCUCAAGAACUGCCAACCGCUUGGAGGCGCGGGUUGCUCGGUCGACCAACGCGUAAGAAAGCUCAGGGAGGCUGUCGAGUUCGGAUUGGCGUAUCUCAAUCGUCACGGAUACAUCAACUACUACGGCCUCCAACGUUUCGGCACCUACGCCAUUGGCACCCACCUCCUGGGCAUGAAGGUUCUCAAGGAGGACUAUGAGGGUGUGCUUAACGACAUUCUCCAUGUCGAAGAUCAUUUCCUGCAAGAGGCAUUUGAUCUUGGAGAGCAGGAGCCGGUACAUACAAACGACUUCCACAACAGCCGCGACGAUUACAAUCGCGCAAAGGCCAUCACUCUCUGGAGGACUACCGGAAAUGUCGAAAAGGCAUUGGCUAUUCUUCCCAAGCGCUUCAGCUCGGAGGCCGCUAUUAUCCGCCAUCUUGGCAAGAACUCGAAGGAUUUCAUGGGCGCCCUCCUGAGCAUCACUCGUGGUAUGCGCAUGAUGUACAUUCAUGCCUACCAAUCCUUCGUCUGGAACCACAUGGCUACUAAGCGCUGGUCCAUGUACGGCCCUACUCUCAUUGAGGGUGAUCUGGUCCUGGUCACCAAUGACCAGUCGGCUGCUGAUGCCGAUUCCGAGGACAACGAAAACUUUUACGCUCAAGCCCGUGCCCUCACACAAGAGGACAUCGCAAGCGGAAAAUACACCAUUUUCGACGUUGUCCUACCCACACCUGGCUACGACGUGAUCUACCCGCGGAACGAGAUCGGUAAGGAGUAUGUUGACUUCAUGAAGAAGGCCGAAAACGGUGGCUUGGAUCCGUACGACAUGCGUCGCCGCCAGAAGGAGUUCAGCCUUAGCGGCAACUAUCGUCAUCUCCUGGGCCGAUUCAUUGGCGAGCCCCAGUAUGCCAUCCGGGUCUACAACGAGGAUACUGAACAGAUGUAUCCCACGGACCUGGACUUCUGCACCGCGGCGAGGGCACAGAAGAAGGCCGCCGAGGCCAAGGCUCGCAAAUCUCCGCCUCUCCUUGCUAAUUGGGCGCACUUCACCAACAACACUGCCCAAUAUGACCAGGCAAUUACCAAUGAACGUCGUCGCAAGGCCUCCGAGUCGCCACAGUCUGAUGGAGUGGUCGUGGCCAGGGAAACUUGGAUCCAGACCGGGCUUGACGGCAGUGACAAGCGCGUUAAGAUCGCGCGUCACACGGAGGAGUAUGAGACCAAGGUGCCUGUUGAGCAAUUUAAUGAUAAGGUUGCCGACAAUGCCACGAAUGGCAUCAUCUCCUCCAGCGCCACCGAGACACCGACGCUGGCCAAGGGUUUGUCGGAUCUCUAUUACGAGUCGACCGCUCAACAAACGGUCAUCAACUCAGAGGACGGCAUCACUAAGCAGGAGCAAGAUGUCAUGCUGAUCGAGGAGUCUACGGCACCCAAGGCUGAUGCUAUGGAGGUUGUUGCUCUUACCCACGAGGCAACUCCCCAGAGCAACCACUCUGCGGUCGCUGACCCGAUGGGCUGGUAUGGAUCGAGCAUGCCCGCUCUUCCUGCUGCCGCUGAGACGGAAAAGGCGAUGGUCCCCUUCAACAGCGAAAAGGAAAGUGAAGCUGACACCAAGAAGGCGGCAAAUCUGAUUGUCCCUGUCCUCCAUUCGCCCUCGGAGAACCCUUUCGCUUCUGUCGACGAUUCGGAGGUCAUCCGUAGCAGCCCCGAUGCCAGCAAGAUUGCCGUCAUUCUCAAGUUCCAGCUGAGAAGCAGCAACUAUGCAACUGUUGUUCUCCGUGAGCUCAUGGGCACUUGCGAGGAGAAUGCUGCCUCUGGCGACGCCUCCUCUGACGGAAACUGAAGAUCCCAUGGGGAUCUUACCAAAAGCAACGACACUGCGCCCCAGCACUGUAUUGCUUCAACUUGACCUCCCAGCGCUCGGCACUCCUCGAUACGGCUCGAUAUGCGGUCCACCCUCCGAUGUACAAGGAAGG